AACGCGGUAGUGAGGCCAGCUCUUUCGGCGUCUGAUCAUCGUGUUCAAUUCCGUUCAUGAGCAGCUCAAGCAAAUUAUUCUAAAGUUACCUAAAGAUGAUUAAGUUUGGCAGUAGGAGUAACCUAGAGGGAGAGUUCCAGUGUAAAGUCAGCCUUCUAGACGAUACGGAGUUGACAUGCGAUUUCAAGAGAGAUGUGAAGGGUCAGGCAGUCUUUGAUGAAGUCUGCAAAACCCUUGAUUUGUUGGAGAAAGAUUAUUUUGGUCUUCGCUUUGUUGAUGAUGCUAAACAACGGCAUUGGCUGGAUCCUAGUAAGAGUGUUAUCAGGCAGAUGAAAACUCUGAAGCCUCCCUACAAGUUGUUUUUCAGGGUGAAGUUUUAUGCUGUAGACCCAAGUGUUCUCCAUGAGGAAAUAACCAGAUAUCAGUUUUUCCUUCAAGUGAAAAGGGAUAUUUUGCAUGGCAGACUCCUUUGCUCAUUUAAUGAUUUGGUUGAACUGGGAGCAUACAUUGUGCAAGGUGAAAUAGGGGACUAUGACCCAGAUGAUCAUGGUGACUCUUAUGUAUCAGAGUUCCGUAUUGUUCCAAAACAAUCAGACAAGCUUGAGAAGAAGAUCAUGGAAAUUCACAAGCAGCUUGCUGGCCAGGUACCUUCUGUGGCUGAGAAGAACUUUCUUGGCAAAGUCAAGGCCCUUGAUAUGUAUGGAGUGGAUCCUCACCCGUGCAAGGAUCAAGACAAUGUUCAACUUUACCUUGGUCUUACUCCUGGAGGAAUAGCUAUUAUCAGAGAAGGAAAGAAAGUGUCAGGAUUUGUUUGGAGCGAGGUUUUAAAGUGCACUUAUGAGAACAAAGUCUUCUAUGUGCAGGUUCAAAAGGAUGCUCGUAAAGCUAACUAUGGCUUCAGACUCCCUGAUCCUCUGGCAUGCAAGCAUUUAUGGAAAUGUGCUGUAGAGCAUCUUGCAUUUUACAGUCAUUCAGAGAGUUCAGUAGCAAAGCCAAAACGAAAGGCACUUUCACCUCAGAGGCUCUUUAGAAGAUCAAAGCAUAAGUACAUCGGGCCCACUCAAGACCAGCUUAUCGCAGAAAGUGAGAAGAUCAGUCGUCCAGAGCCGCUGAUCAAGAGGGCACCAAGUGUUAGGAUCUCCCGGCGGAUUAAAGUUCCCUCAGAUAGCAUCUCGGAAAGUACCGGAGUAUUGAACCUCCCUAAUACUCCCAACGGCCAAGCUAGUGGAGACAUCACAGCGAAUGAAGAGAGUGAAUUGAAGAAGUUCGAAACUUCAGUUUUCCCCCCCAGUCCUCCCCCUGACGAGACUGUUACGUCUUUUGAAAUGACUGACGCUCCGCCAACAACCAAUCACGUGGGCCCUGACGUCAGCCCUUCUAAUGAGGUCACCACAAAGCGUGCUGCUCCAAGUCACGCCGAAGUGGAGAACUAUGGCUUCAAGAUGUUUAUUUUCAUCAUGUUCAUUCUAGCGUUGAUAAUGAUACCUAUUGCCAUCGUUUGGGAAACUAGAAAGAGCUACAUCAAGUCUACAGAUGCAUACAAGGGACUUGCCAAAUGGGUGUUCAGAUCUUUUGGGUACAAAAUCUAACGGGUGACUCGAUACUGAGAAUUUCUAAUCAUUAGCUGAGGAACAAUUCUAUCAAUUCAUCGUCAGGCAUGAUCGUUGAAAAUUUCGUUGUAAUAGUUAGUCAACCAUUCAUCCGUUUUGUGUUUGAUUAGUUAGAAGGUUUUUUUUUUUUUCUUUUCUUUUUUCGUGCUUCGGUGAAGUCGGUCAGUUGGAAUUCCGUGUUUAAAUGAAGAUGUUUUGAGAAAUAGCUGUUUUAGUUGGGAAGAGAUACAAAGUCAGUCUAUAAUUAUAUGCAAUAACAACCUAAUCGAAUUGAAAAGAGUUUCCAAUUCUACGAAACUCUUAUCUCUUAGAGAAUUACUGAUAUUUCUUUGAAUGAUCUGGACAACAAAAAUUCAUUUUUAAAGUAGUUUUCAUGAACAUCCUUACUCUGUGAAAGAAACUGGGAUCUCAAGGUUAAAAGAAAGUUUUCGUAAAAAAAAGGAGUCGAGAACUCUGUAUUCCUUCAAGAAGCAAGCAGUGGGCGGACAAAUCGAAAAAACGAGACUGCUAAGCGUUUGUGUGACUCGUGCAACGGAGACAACAUGUUCCGUGUGAAUGCUUUAUUGGCUCGUCAGCUGUUAUCAUAUUGUUGUCGUGUUUUCCAGCAACCCUCUUAGCUCAGGGACCGGUUAUUAUUUAUCGAUGGGAGGGGGGCUCGGUGGAUUUUAGUUAUGUCGAUAAAAUGUACCUAAUUACCCCCUCCCCCUUAUGGCUCUUCACUAUGCUGAUGUCCCUCCACCCUCGUUGACGGUCAGUUUUCUAUAGUCCCUCUUUUGCACUCUGUUAGCGACAACUGAGCCCUCUUCCGUCUCCCUGAAAACCAUGUGAUCCUACCCCCAAUAAACUCCAACCCAACCCCCACCCCAGCGAGAAAUGAAUUAGUGGUAAUGAUUGGUCCCUGAGACAACAGUUGCAGGCUCGUGUAGUUUUUAGAAGUCAUACGUGAGUUGGGAACAUAAUUCGAACGUGGUCGAGUUGUUUUAACUUAAUCAUCAUUAGUUGUAACAAUUAUUAUUUGUUAUGUGGUAGAUUUGUUAGAGGGGAAUGCACCUCUUAGGGGUAUUUAAGAGAGAGAAUUUUAGAAUGUUUUCUAGUAAAAUAAGUAGAGCGAGACGCUAAUGUAAAAUAACUAGACGUUAGGUAUGUUAUUGUGAUGUAGGUAUAAAUUUCUUUUUAAGUCUUGAGUUUCUCUGUCUCGGCCACACAAUCAUAUAUUUGGAAAAGCAAGUAUGAAUUGUAAAUUUUCGGCCAAAGUGACAAAAAGGGUGAUUUUUGUUUUUUUUUUGCCGAUCAAGAAAUGGAACGACCACAGGAAUACCACGCGAUUCCAAGUAACCUGUAUUAAUGUCCGUAAGCUCAGUCCAUUCCCGGAGACGAUGCCCAAUUGGUUUCUUGUUCUUCCCACUUGACGAGUUUUUCUCUAGAACAGACAGGAAUCCUCUUUGCAUUGGUACAGUGGCACCUCACUGUUUUGUGACAUUGACAUAGCUGAUACACGGUUGAAAACUGAAAUCUUUGGAAAGUCAUGUAAACUCUAUGAUUUUGUUAGGUAGGCAAACGUACACAGGCCCAGCUACAAUGUAUUUUCUCAGCCUUGUCUGUCGUUUGCUUGAUAAAAAUGUUGAGGUGGACGUUAAAGAAUCAUUACUCUGGGAAUACUUUAGUGAAAACAUUCCAUAAUGGGUCACUUUUGGAAAAUUUGGGUUGUUCAAGCUCUAUAUAUCACUGUAGGAUUUUAAAAUAUACUUCGCCAAAUUUUCACUGUAAAGCAUGUGGUUGACAUUAAAACUUCAUUUCUAAGUCAAAA